AGAUGCUCUAAAGACACCAAAAUAUAGACAGAAUGACAAAUUGCUAGUGUUUGAUCCAAAGGAAGAAGUGAUGAUUGAACCAAAUGAAACAAUGUCAUGGAAGGAAGUCUCUUCACAAAAUAUUGAAAAUAAAGUUUCUUUAAAGAAUACUGAAAAUAGAGUAUCUUCAAAGAGUCCUGAAAAUAAAGAUACAGAAACAAAUCUGAAAUCUAAGCUAUGGUCUUCUUCCGUCUUAAAAGAAAGCACAGGUGAGGUGGGCAAAAAUGAAGUCAUUGCAAAGCAGGAGAAAAAUAAUGACUAUUGCCUCCAGGAUGUUGAUGAUAAGUUGUCCGAAUCAACAGAUGAUGAUGGUGAAGAUGACACCAAUGAUGAAGAUAAUGAAGACAGUAAGCCAAAUAAGGGCACUCAUGCCCCAUUAGAGUUAAUGGCAGAAUUCCUGAGAGCAGAAAUGAGCCGAGACUACCAUUUGGCUAAAAAAUUAUGUCAGAUGAUCCUAAUCUAUGAACCUGAAAAUCCUGAGGCCAAGGAGUUUUUCUCACUUAUUGAAGAAAUGUUGCUGAAGGAGAAAGCUCGAAAUCUUGAAGACGAUGAUCAAGAGAGUGAAGAAGACAGUAGCAGGGAGAGUGAAGGAGAAAGCACUGAGGAGCUAAGUGAAGAAAGUUCUGAUGAAUGUGAAGACGGGUGAUGCUAGGUGCUGCUGUGGUUUAAUCUUCAUGUACUUUCAUUGCUGUAUAACAUGGAAAUAUAAAAAAAG